GUUUGCGAAGCAUCCACUUCUGAAAACGACGUUGUGCCUGUUGUUGUAUCGCGAUUAGACGCUGAAGCGACGAGUGAUGAUGACUGCUCCUCUUGUAUUUUCUCCAUAACGGUUGAAUGGAGUGAUUCGCGAACUUCAUAUAUUGUUAGGACAGCUGAUCAAAUUGCUGAUUUUCACAACCGGUUGUUGGAUAGUUUUCCGAAUGAAGCAGGUGCUCGAUCCGGAAAUCCCCGUGUUCUUCCAUAUCUCAAUCGCUCACAUCCUGGUUCCGUUCUGGGUUACAUUCGGUAA